AGAGUACCGUAGUCCCGUUCAUUCGAAAUUUCUCUGUCGCGGCCAGAGAGUCUGAUCAUCUGCUUCAUCAUUGUGCUCGCUUGUUUCGAGAUAUUUUCCGACAGAAAAAACGGAAGAGCUCGGCUAUUCUUCUGAAAUUCAGGAGACCACGCUUCAAAUCCACGAGACGCAGGAUCGACCGGAGAGAAAAUGUCUUUGAACACUCUAUGUCAACAGAAGGAUCCCGAUUUGGAAGAAGUUAAGGAAUUGCUGGCAGGGGGGGACAAGGGAGUCCUCGAAGAGCUUGACUCUCACGGAGUCACGCCUCUGCAGCAAGCCGCGUUUCGCGGCAACGCAGAUCUUGUCCGGCUACUUUUGAAACAUGGGGCCGACGUCAACACUUCGAAUCACUCCGAGGGUUAUACCACAUUGAUGUUUGGAGCCCUAUCAGGGAAUCUCGAGGUGGUCAGAACCCUCCUCGAUGCCGGUGCAAAAAUCACGCCAGUCAACAAGGUCAAUCGAACGGCGGCUGAAAUGGCGGCAUUCGUUGGCCUCAAAGAUGUUGUGUCAGUCAUCAAGGGUUUUGUGCCGCGAGCGGACAUCGAACGUUUCGCUAAGCCCCAGGGUGUUGUCGAAGAAGCCCGACUCGCGGUGGAUGAGAUAGAUCCGCUGCGUUCCUUGAUUCUAGAGUUAAAUAUUCAUCCUGUCAAAGUAGUUUUAAGAUUACGAGAUACCACCUUGAUGAAUAUGAAGGUCGCUUCCGUUUUGAAGUCCUUAAGUGAUACCUACUUCCUCACCCAUUGCAAUGAGUGGCUGUCAGGCAAGCUGCACAUUCUCAAAUGCAUUGUGGAGCAUGUCAGCAAUACGGAACCGGCCCUGGUACUCAAGCAUUGGCUGAAACCUCGUCCAGCUGACGGUUUCAAGUUGAACCUGGAUGAUUUCAUGCGGAGCUGCGUACGGAGUUAUCCCUUCCACGAGAGCUCGGUGUUCCGUCAGAUGGUUAUGACGCUCGCCCACACUUCGCAGACAGCCCCUGUCACCGAUGACGGGGCCGUAGCCUUGUGCCUAGGUGCGAGAGAUACUGGGGCUUGCAACACCUGCUGGGAAACAGGAGCAGAGAGCCGCUGCUCCGCUUGCAAAGCGGUUACUUACUGUAAUAAAGAAUGUCAGAAACUGGAUUGGCCCUCGCAUAAACGACUAUGCGCGGCGUUGAAGGAGCAAAAGGAAGCUGGGGACUCCAACUAA